CUGGACAUCAGUUCAUUCGUGCCAUUCAGUGAAUCAACAAUAGAUAUAAAAAAAUGAAGGUUCUCGUCAGUCUCAGCUUCCUCGUUGCGAUGACCCUGGCGGAGCCCCCGAGUUAUCGCCAGCAGUCCCAAGCCGACAGGACGUACUAUUUCGCUAAACAGCAGGAGGAGUCGCAGGCAGAUGCCCCGUAUCAGGCAUCGGGCUGGAAGCCAAAUGGUCCUGCCUUCGAGCUCCCCCAGAAGCAGGAGGUUCAACCAGAAAAUCAGUACGCCACUCCCGCCCCACCGGUAAACAGCUACGGAGUCCCGGCGAUCCAACCUCAGAGACAAUAUGGCGCUCCGGCUCAACCUGAGAGACAAUAUGGCGCCCCGGCCCAGCCUCAGAGACAAUAUGGCGCCCCGGCCCAGCCUCAGAGACAAUAUGGCGCCCCGGCCCAGCCUCAGAGACAAUAUGGCGCCCCGGCCCAGCCUGAGAGACAAUAUGGCGUCCCGGCCCAGCCUCAGAGACAAUAUGGCGCCCCAGCAAAGCAAUCGCUUCCGCGACCCCAACCUGAGAGACAAUAUGGCGCUCCUGCGGAAACCCAGAGACAGUUUGAACAGCCGCAGAACCAAUACGGGGCACCAGCCUUUCCGGAACAGCAGUACGGAGCUCCCCAAUCAGCUACCACUGAUCCUUCAACCCCAGAUUACGACGAGGCCACUAUUCCCACAGGAACCGAAUCUCAGGCCGAGCCAGUUGACUCUGUGAACGAGUUGGAGGAGGAGGGAGACGUCGAUGAGCAGCAGAGACAGACUGGCGAGUACUACAUUGCUCUACCCGACGGGCGUCUACAACGGGUUCAGUACAUGAGCAGUCAGGACAUUGCGGCGAUGAAGUACUUCGCCCAGAUCCAAGCGGAGAAUGUCGAGCCACUGAGAGGAGCAGUCUAUGCAUAUCAGCCACUUCGCAAACUCGAGUUUGCACCAGCCCGACUUCAAGUUGCGGUUAAUGAACCGGCAGCCACUCCUGUUGUACAAAUUAGAGAAUCGAGUGGUAGGAAUCAGAAAAUUACGGCCAAAGCUCCCGCCAAGUUGGAGGUCCAACCACUUGCUGCUGAACUUCCUGCGCCUAUUGUUGCACCGGCCUACAACAGCUACAGCGCUAACUAUCAAGUCCCUGAGAAGCGAUUCCUGGUUACUUUCUAGAAUUGUCAAUUGUACAUAACUGACUCGAGAU